AUGACAAUGGAUCGGCUGAGAAGCAACAUACUGUUUCUCCUUAUGACCAAGCCUUGGAUGCUCUGUCAUCUUUGAUUACUAAAAAGACCCGUGCAGACAAGAGCAACAAGGGUGACCGAUUUGAUGUCAUGUUUGAUUAUCUUAAGAUGCUGGAGUUGGAUGGGCCGAUUUCCCAGAUGAAGGUUAUCCAUGUUGCUGGAACCAAAGGAAAGGGAUCUACAUGCACUUUUACAGAGUCUAUACUGCGGAACUGUGGAUUUCACACAGGACUUUUCACAUCUCCUCACCUCAUUGAUGUCCGAGAAAGAUUUCGGUUAGAUGGAAUGGACAUAUCUCAAGAGAAGUUUUUGGCAUACUUUUGGUCGUGUUGGGAUAGAUUGAAGGAGAAAACUAAUGAUGAUGUCCCAAUGCCUACCUAUUUUCGAUUCCUUGCUUUGCUAGCCUUCAAAAUUUUUUCAGCUGAACAGGUAGACGUUGCUAUUUUGGAGGUUGGAUUAGGAGGAAAAUUUGAUGCAACAAAUGUGGUACAGGCACCAAUCGUGUGUGGAAUAUCUUCCCUUGGGUAUGAUCACACAGAAAUUCUUGGGCAUACACUUGGAGAAAUUUCUGGGGAGAAGGCUGGUAUCUUCAAGCAUGGAGUUCCUGCCUUUACUGUGCCACAACCUGAUGAAGCAAUGACUGUACUAAAGAAGGCGGCUUCUGAGUUGGAUGUACCACUUCAAAUAGCAUUGCCAUUGGACAGAAACUUUCUGCAUGGUCUAGAUCUUGGGCUUGUUGGUGAGCAUCAAUACAUAAAUGCAGGGCUCGCCAUUGCUUUAUGUCGUACCUGGCUUCGGAAGACUGGCCAUCUAGAAGGCACAUACCUUGACCAGCCUAGCUCUCUGCCGGAACAGUUUGUUAGAGGGCUUACAACAGCCAGUUUGCAAGGGCGAGCACAAAUCAUCUCUGACCCAUAUGUAGGAUCAGGGAAUCUGGUUUUUUAUUUGGAUGGAGCCCAUAGCCCAGAAAGCAUGGAAGUGUGUGCAAGGUGGUUUUGUCUUGCCAUCAAGGACAAUGUCCAACAGCAGAAUUUCUUGGAGGAGAAGCCCCAAAAUGUCGCCUCUGUGAAAAACUCCACACCAAUACUGUUGUUCAAUUGCAUGUCAGUGCGGGAUCCCCAGCUACUUCUUCCACGCCUUAUAAAGACUUGUGCUCAUCAUGGAGUACACUUCCAGAAGGCCCUUUUUGUACCCAAUAUGUCAGUAUAUAACAAGGUUGGAACCUAUGCUUUACCAUCAGCUGAACCUGAUGUUGAUUUAUCAUGGCAGCUGAUAUUACAGAGGGUGUGGGAUAGUCUUAUCCAUGGUGACAAAGGUGCAGAUGACCAAUCCACAGGCUCUAUCCAUGAAGAAGUUAGAGAUAAUACAAAAAAGGAUCCCACAAGUUAUGAGGGCAGUUUGGUAUUUCCUUCACUACCAUUGGCUAUUAGAUGGCUAAGGGAUAGCGUUCAACAGAAUCAAUCCAUUCGCUUUCAGGUACUCGUAACAGGUUCUUUACACUUGGUGGGAGAUGUAUUGAGAUUGGUCAGACAGUGAGGAAUUUCUUCCCCUUUAUGGUAGUGGUGUAUCCAACAGUGAUGGAUCACUUUUUGUUGCCAGAGAAUUCUUGCUUGUGAAGUUCUGUUUCAGUCGAAGCAUACUCAUUUACAAGGUUGAAGGUUUUAAGCAACUCCUGGUGAUAUGAUUUAUACCUUUAUAACAUGGUCAGAGAAAACAUUUUUUUUUUGGUAAACGGUCAAAGAAACAGUAUGUGUUCAUGGUCUAUACAAAUGGUUAACAUUAUCAUUGUUU